AUGGAGAGUGAUAUUAUUGGGGGUAAGGAAAUUAAACCACACUCAAGACCCUACAUUGUGUCGGUUCAGGUUAACAAGGCACAUGUGUGUGGUGGAAUGCUUAUCAGAAAGAAUUACGUAUUGACUGCAGCCCACUGUGUGAGCAACAUUAAAUUCCCUGGAAAGAACAAGCUGGAAGUGGUACUUGGAGCUCACAACAUCAGCCAAAAGGAGCGUGAACAGCAGAGAAUCCAAGUAAAGAAGUACAUCAAGCAUCCAUUUUACAAUCCAAAAACAAGUCAAAAUGACACCAUGUUACUGAAGCUGAAGUCUGAAGCCAAGCUGAAUGAAUAUGUGAAAGUUAUUGAUCUUCCUAAAAAGAAUGAGAAGAUCAAUGCUCUUAAGAACUGUUCAAUUGCAGGCUGGGGAAAGAAAAAACAAAACGGUGCUGCAUCAAAUGUUCUGCAUGAGGUCACACUCAAACUACAGUUCAGCUUUGAAUGCAAAAAAAUAUGGCAACAGUUUUUUGACUCUCAAAGCAUGAUCUGCACAGUCUCUGAUGGGAAAAAAGCUUUUUGUCAGGGGGAUUCAGGCAGUCCUCUCAUCUGUAAAAAUGCAGCACUGGGAUUGGCUGCAUAUACAUUUGAUGGUAACUGCUUAAACCAAAAGUAUCCAGAGGUAUACAUGAAGAUCCCCUACUAUGUUCAAUGGAUUGAAGAUGUUAUAAAUAAGAAGUAAAAGCAUAAUUUGCUCAUUUAACAGAAAU